AUGCAGGCGCGCCGCGGCCAAUGGGCAGCUGCGCGGCGGCGCGGCGCGGCGGCGCACUCGAGCAUGGCCGCGGCCGCGGGGAGGAGCCCCGGUCCGGCCCCGGCCCCGCCAGGCCGCGCCGGCCGCCCGAACCCGCCGGCCGUGCCGCGAAGGCGCGGGGACUCCGGGCGCCGCCAGGCCGCCCUCUUCUUUCUCAACAACAUCUCCCUAGAUGGACGGCCACCGAGCCUGGGUCCGGGAGGCGAGAAGCCACUGCCGCCGCCGCCACCGCCCACCGAGGCCCGCGAGGCUCCAGCGCCGCCGCCAGCUCCACCCGGAGGCCUCCCGGGGUUGCCAGCCAGGCCCGCGCCCCAGGGCCUGCUCAGCCCCACGACGGCGCCCGCCAGCCUCGGCCUGGACGGGCAGCGCCAAAGGAGACGAGUCACAUCUCAGCGCUGUUCCCUUGAGUUUCUGGAAGACGCAGUGGGAUGUGCCUCGGUGCAGAGAACCAAGCAUGCAUCUGGAUCACCAAGACACAAAGGCCUGAAGAAAACCCAUUUCAUCAAGAACAUGAGGCAGUAUGAUACAAAGAAUAGCAGGAUUGUACUCAUCUGUGCCAAGCGGUCCCUGUGUGCAGCCUUCUCAGUCCUGCCCUAUGGAGAGGGCCUGCGGAUCAGUGACCUGAGGGUGGACAGUCAGAAGCAAAGGCACCCAUCUGGCGGCGGCGGCGUUUCUGUCUCUUCUGAGAUGGUCUUUGAAUUGGAAGGCGUUGAGCUGGGAGCAGAUGGAAAGGUUGUGUCUUAUGCGAAGUUCCUGUAUCCCACUAAUGCCUUGGUCACACACAAGAAUGACAGCCAUGGCUUGCUGCCCCAGCCUCGGCCCAGCAUUCCCCGGGCUCCACCAGGUUCAAGACACAAACCUGUGCCUACCAAGUCAACACCAGCUGGCACAGAACUAGGAAGCGACGGGGGAGAUGCAGUAGAAUACAACCCCAACCUCCUGGAUGACCCACAGUGGCCGUGUGGGAAGCACAAGCGUGUACUCAUCUUUGCCUCAUACAUGACCACUGUUAUAGAGUAUGUGAAGCCUGCAGACCUCAAAAAGGACAUGAACGAGACCUUCAGGGAGAAGUUCCCUCAUAUCAAACUGACAUUGAGCAAAAUUAGGAGUUUAAAACGGGAGAUGCGGAACCUUUCUGAAGAGUGCAGCUUGGAGCCUGUGACCGUGUCCAUGGCCUACGUGUACUUUGAGAAGCUUGCACUGCAGGGCAAGCUCAACAAACAGAACCGCAAACUGUGUGCUGGCGCCUGUGUUCUGUUGGCUGCCAAGAUCAGCAGUGACCUCCGCAAGAGUGAAGUGAAGCAGCUUAUUGACAAGCUGGAGGAAAGGUUCCGGUUCAACAGGAAGGAUCUCAUUGGAUUUGAAUUCACGGUGCUUGUGGCUUUGGAACUGGCCCUGUACCUCCCGGAGAACCAAGUAUUACCUCACUACAGACGCCUCACCCAGCAGUUCUAGCCCAGAACAGUGCACCCCACAGGGAGCCUGCUUUGGCAGGAAGGCGAGUAGCUUGGCUAGAGCACUGACUAGUAGUGUCCCUGUCCUUCCUCUAGUAACUGCACUUGCCCCUCAGCCCAGGGCAGCUCUUAGCUUCCCUUGGAAAGAGGCACUGCUCUUAUUUUGGAGUGCACCCCAUCUUCACCUUGAGGCCCUGUUGAGGAUUUUCCUGAAGCAAAUGAACAGCGUGGGGCUUGGUUU